ACACACCUAAACAAUGUGUCCUAUCAUUGGGUAACUGAUAUUCACAAUAGUAUCGUAAUUAAGUUCAGUAGAAGCAUCUGUUAUUUGACCAAGAACAAACUUGGUCAUAUCGUAUGAUAAUUAGGAGUGAAACAUAUAUAUGUACAAUGAACCUUCUUCGUCAGAGACGGAGUUAAUAUACAGUCCCGCUUUGGAGACUUCCCUUCGGGACAGGUAGGAUUUCAUAAGGUAUGACAACUGGUGCAGCUUUGGCAAAAAUGUUUGGCCGGCAGUUGGCCAACAAAGCUUUAAAUAUUCAAUCUGCCCCUUUGGUUGAACUAAAGAAGAUUUAAUAAUAGCAAGUUUACCUUUUGCCAUUUGUCGAUAUUUCCAUUUUUUAGCCUUCAAUAUUUCAUCUUCCUUUCGUCAUGACUGGAACUAGUCAUUAACUUAUUGAAAGCAUUCCAUAUCUAUCUCUGAGUGAAGUAGUUCAUCAGUCACUGUAAGAUUACGUGUGACAUUAGGGCAGGAAUUGACCAAAACCAUAGAUAGUGUCGAAGUGACUGUUUCAAACUUGCAUAAACAAGACUUUCUUCCAAGUAUCUAUUCUCACUCUUACUCGCCUUGAGAAGAAGAUGGCUUCUUUUGCAAUCGAGGACUUCGUUGGAAAUGGAUCUCUGCAAGGACUUCUACCAAAGCUGCUGGAGGAAGGCUGGGAUGAUGUACCAACUUUGAAGACUAUGAAUGCAGACGAUAUGAACGAGUUGAUGACUCAACGACAAAAGGAUGCACUGGAAAUCAGGUCAUACUUGCAUAAUCGUGCACUGAUGCAAUAUGCGGAUACGUUUGAGGAGUCUGGGAAGUCUCUUCCUGAGCUUCUUAAGCUAACCAAAGUAGAUCUUACUACAGUGUAUGGAAUGAAAAGGGGCCAUGUUGCCCGCUUUACAGACAGAACUACAACUUCUGGGGGAGAUGCUUUGCCAGAAGCAUAUAAUCUCCAAGCGAGCAGAAGAACUGCCUUGAGGAAUGAGAGUCUUUACAAGGACAUUUCUGCUGUCACCUCCAGGAAGCAGACUAUGACAAGAUCUCUUGGAAGAACCAACACAGCUUAUGAUGUAUCCCUUGAACAAUCAAUGGCUGAUUUCAAAAUUAAAGAUGGACAUGUUUUUAAGGGAAUUGUAGCUUCAAUGCCAGAUGAACCUAGAGCAUGUGGCUGUGUGCAGGCAACCCCAGUAAUUGAGAAUGUUGCUCCUUAUUCCUCCAUUGAGAAUAUCUCAGUUCAGAAACUAACACCAGAGUACAAGAUUGGAACGGAGCGUUUGGUGAAAUCAAAGAGUCCGCCAAUGAAGGCUUCAGAGCUCUGGCGUGAUAAACCAGCAGUGAUUAUAUGCAUUCGUCGCCCUGGGUGCAUCAUGUGCAGAGCUGAAGCCCACCAACUCUAUGCAAAGAAACCAAUAUUUGAUGCGUUAGGGGUUCAAUUAUUUGCUGUUCUUCAUGAGCAAAUAGAAGCAGAGGUGAAAGAUUUCUGGCCUCGAUACUGGGGUGGUGUAGUCCUCUUUGACAGAAGCAUGGAAUUUUAUAAAUCUCUGGGAGGAGGAAAUCUUCUAAAAGAUAAGUUCAUAUCAGGCUUUCUAUUUAAUCCUAGAGCUAUUGCAAAUUACAAGCGAGCAAAAUCCAUGGGGGUGGAGCAAAACUUCAGGGGUGAAGGUGAGAUAAAAGGAGGACUCUACAUUGUUGGCAGAGGGAAGAGUGGAAUAGCUUAUCAAUUUAUUGAAAGGAAUUUUGGAGACUGGGCACCCCAUGCUGAAGUUUUUGAAAUCUGUCACCAGUUGCAGAAUCCACAGGGAAGUCAGUUAGAGUUGCCCCAAUCAAUACAGCAACAGGAUUAGAUAUGGUUAUUGCUUCUAUGCAACAUUCCCUGCUUUUGAAUCUCAAGCUCAAGAAGCUAUCUCUUCCAAACUUCCAACUGUUAUGUUUCACUACCACAGCAGUUUUAUUGUAUGAAUAGCAUUACUGGUGUGUUAGAGUCUAUUGAGACUGGCAAUAUAUCUGGUACUUUUGAAUAACAUAAAGUAGAAGUGUCAAUAUGUAGAUUGUACUCAAUUAGAUAUGAUUGAUGGAUGAAAAGAUCCAUAGAAAAGAAGCUCACGGUCAUGAUUCUACCAGUUAUAUUUCUUUUACUUGAUGUAUGUAUAAACCCAUACAUGAUAAGUGGACUGAUAUUUGAGAAUUACAUGGUUGGACUAUUGAAUUAAACGUCCAGUACAUGAUCAUCCACAGCAAG